AUGAAUGUGACAGGACCGGUGCUACCCCCACCUGGCGAAACAGUGAAUCCCAAUCCUCGGCCAUGGCUGUUCACAGCGAACUGCAUCGCGAUCGCCGUGGGUCUUGCGCUGAGCACAGUCUUCCUGGUGAUCCGAAUCUACACCAAGGCACGGAUUCUGCGGAAGUUCUGGUGGGAUGAUGUAUUCAUUCUCCUGGCCUGGAUCUUUUCCGUCAGCACCCAGGCGGUCAUUAUAUAUGGCUGCCUCGAUGCAGGCUUUGCAAUAGACAUCUGGGACCUGUCUGUCUCAGAACUCGUCACCUAUCGAAAGACCAUUCUUGCCAUGGCGGUGAUCCACAUCCAGGCGCUAGCGUUCGCCAAAUUCGCCGUCCUGAUGCUGUACUACCGAGUCCUCAAGUUCAUCACUCCGUGGCGGUACACACUCUGGGCCGUGGGUAGUAGCAUCGGACUCUACAGUGUUAUCCUAGUCUUCAUGCUUAUCUUCGCCUGCGUGCCGAUCGAGGAUGGCUGGUCCCUCACCCGCCCUAGUGCCUGCCGACGACGAUCGGGCCUCUAUCUGGCCACCGCAAUCGCCAACACCGCCAGCGACAGCAUCUUGCUGCUCAUCCCGAUGAUCUUUAUCUGGGCCCUGAACUUACCAUUCAUGCAGAAGAUUGGUUUAUUCUGCCUGCUUGGUUUGGGAUGUCUUACGGUUGUGACCAGUAUCGUUCGCCUGGUCACUCUCAUUCCUCUUCUCGAUUCGAAUAACCAGCCCCAUAACAUCGGGCUUGUGUGUCUCUUUAUAGUCCUCGAAGCAAAUUUCAUUAUCCUCUGCGGCUGCCUCCCCUUCACGCGCGCGUUCCUGCACCACUACGCCCCGAAAUGGUUCUCCUCGCGCAACGGGAGUCGGGGCGACCGGUAUUACUUGAUGGGGACGCCCCCCUCCAGCCUGACCUCGCCCUCGCACAUGACCCCCCCAUCCAACAUGGCUUCGCCAGCUGUAUCAUCACCGGAAUACCGUCGCAGACCAUCGUACUUCGAUAUUGAAGCCAUUCUGAACGACAUACCACCGGCGGAAUGUUCUGAGUUUGCGGGUCCACCGAGAGAGCCCCUGCCAGCUUGGAAAGGGCCGAUACGAAGUGACAUGAUCGAUUGA